AUGCAAUUCCCAACGAAGAUCACAGUCUUUAUGGCGAUGUUCGCUUCGACCUCAGCACUGUUCGACUGUACGGCCGAAAAGUCGACGGGGCCCUGCAUCGAUGGAGGGUGCUUUAAGACAGGCCAAGUCUGCACGACCACAGGCUGCUGUGCGGCGACUAACGUGGUUCAGGAACUAGUCUGUGCCGAGAACUCUAAGAACGGACCGUGUCUCAAUGGUGGAUGCCUGACUGACGGCGAAGCUUGCAUUGGUACUGGAGCCGACGCUUCGUGUUGCGAUCCUACGGGUGUUGCUGCAGUCACAACGACCACCAGGAAAACCGUUACCAAAGGUACCACCUGUCGCGACCUGCUGAACCCUGCUACGGGUGUCUCGGAUUGUCCGAUGCGUUCUGCACUCUGUACCGACGCCAUCUAUCUUGAGGUCAUGCGCGUUCAGUGCCCGAAGACGUGCGGUUUUUGUGGGAGCUCCAACAAUACUUUCGUGAUUUCCACCUGCGUCGACGCGAUCAACCCGGCCACCGGCACUUCGGACUGCCCGGCUAGACGUUCCCUCUGCAACGACGCCACUUACCGUACACUUAUGCAACAGCAGUGCUGCGCCACCUGCGGCGGCCGUGGC